ACUAAUUCACAUCACAUUUAUUGAGCUAAACGGGACUCGUCGAAAUCUACUCUUACGUACCUAUAAAUCAAUGAAACGAUAAUAGAGAUCUGAGAGCUAGACGUUAUGCAUUAAUAAAGUGUUUAUCUAUCAUCCGUAACAAUGUAUCUGUGAUGUGACAAGUUUACGUUUGGUUGUGCUCGCCCGGGGACAGGGCGCCGGCGGCGGCGGCGGUGGCGGCGGCGGCGCGCGGCGCAGUGCGGCGCUAUCGAGCGGCCGGGCGGGGCGGCGAGCGGCAGUCGCGCGCGGCGCCCCACGGCCAUGGGUGGCGCGCUGCUGCUCGCUCUGUUGGCGGCCGCGCGGGCCGGCGAGCCCAACACCACCAUCCUCGACUACGACACCUCGUCCGCGUACGAGCCGCAGCCCACCGAGCACGAGGAGAGAGCCCCUCUGUUCCCCACAGAUCUCUUCACGGAGGAGCAGCGGCGCUCCGGGGCCGUCCUCCUGCACGUGCUCGGAAUGGGCUACAUGUUCGUCGCACUGGCUAUAGUCUGCGACGAAUUCUUCGUCCCGUCGCUGGACGUGAUCAUAGAACGCCUAGCUAUCAGAGACGACGUGGCCGGGGCCACGUUUAUGGCGGCGGGCGGCUCGGCGCCGGAGCUGUUCACUUCCGUGAUCGGGGUGUUCGUGUCGUUCGACGACGUAGGGAUCGGGACGAUCGUGGGCUCGGCCGUGUUCAACAUCCUGUUCGUGAUCGGUGCGUGCGCGUUGUUCUCCCGCACGACGUUGACUCUGACCUGGUGGCCGCUGUUCCGCGAUUGCAGCUUCUACUCGAUCAGUUUGCUGGUGUUGAUAUACUGUUUCCGGGACAGCCUGAUCUACUGGCAGGAGGCGCUGGUGCUGUUCUCGCUGUACGGCGCGUACGUGAUGUUCAUGCGGUGGAACCAGCAGGUUGAGCGCGCCGUGAAGAAGGUCAUCUACAAGAACAAGGUGACGCGUGUCCGCAGCACGGAUCAGCUGAUGCCCACGCACCAGACCGCCGCUCAAACCUUGCACGGCAACGCGACGACAUCGAGCGAGACGUCAGUGGGCACCAACACCGCGGCCGCGGGCCCGAGCAAACAGCCGGCAGCGAAGUUCCGCCACGGGCUGCUGCAGCUCAUGAUACACACUAUCGACCCGAUGCACGACGGUGAGUUAGGCAAAGUGGACGAGAAAGCAACACAACUACACGCCAUCGCGUCGCUAAAGGUGCUGCUGGAGGCCACGAAGCCGGCGGCGGGCGGGGCGGGGGCGGCGUCGGCGCGGAACUCGGCCGCCGUGGCCAAGGAGACGCCGCUGGACCUGCCCAACGGAGGCGUGCAGGAUGUACAUUUAGAUGCUAUAGAAGAGAUAGGGGACCUGGAGGAGGACACGACGCCAUUGGACAUGUCGUGGCCCUCCGGGUUCCGCAAGCGACUGACCUACCUGUUAGUCGCGCCCAUAGUCUUCCCAUUAUGGAUCACUCUCCCGGACACUAGGACUCCGAGAGGGAAGAAUCUAUUCCCCCUAACGUUUAUAGGAUCCAUAGUAUGGAUCGCGUUCUUCUCCUACCUCAUGGUGUGGUGGGCGAACGUGGCCGGCGCGACGGCGCAAGUGCCCCCCGAGGUGAUGGGGCUCACGCUGCUGGCGGCGGGCACGUCCGUGCCUGACCUCAUUACGUCGGUCAUCGUGGCGAGGAAGGGGUUCGGAGAUAUGGCGGUCUCUAGCUCCGUGGGCAGCAAUAUUUUUGAUGUCACUGUUGGGCUCCCACUGCCGUGGCUGCUAUACGGACUGAUCAACGGCCGGCCGGUGGAGGUCAACUCCAAGGGCAUGGUCUGCAGCAUCGUGCUGCUCUUCGCCAUGCUGCUGUUUGUCAUCAUGAGCAUCGCCUGCUUCAGGUGGAAAAUGAACAGAGGGCUCGGCUUCACGAUGUUCCUGCUGUACUUUGUGUUCGUGGCCGUCAGUCUCAGUCUGGAGUACGGCUACCUCCACUGCCCUAGCGAGUAAGAACGUUCCAGAACUUUCUAGCACAAUCGGGAAUAUUGCAGAACAAUCAAGAGGAUGAGCACGAGUCACUUCAGCAAUAGGCAACAGAAAAACCUGAAAGCAAUUGGACUAGAAUAUAAGAAAGAGCAUGUUAAAGAAAAAGUAACGAAUUCUCGUGCCAAGUCAGUGGCCGAGAGUGGAUAAGACAAAAUCAUUUGAGUAGUUCCCUGUUUGAACUAGAACUUGUUAUUAUAAGGAAGGUGUUCUAAAAAAAGCGUUAAAAGAUUGUGAUGUCAAAGUCAAAGUUUGGACAUCAUCAUUUCCAAAAAUCAAGGGGUUUUCUCCUACCUACCUACAAUCAUUUUAGAAACUUUGAAGCUUGUAGUGCGACGUCGCACUAUGUGUAGUGCGACGGUAUGUCGUGAUUAACUCUGAAUGGGUUAAGAAUAUAGUUCAAAAAAUCUCAGCUCCACAGAUUAACGGAAAAGUAGCUAAUAUUCAAAAUGGAAAUGUAAUGGCCGAAGUGACUUGUGUUGCAAAAAUUUGAUGACAUUGAUUUUAAUAAAGAAUGUUGUUCUGAUAUUAGGAAAUCAAUUGGUCCAACGUGCAUACAAAACAAUAGGGAACUAGACGUUUGAUGUGAACUAGAUCUGUAUACAUUUGUUCAGUCCAAUUUUGUUAGUUCAAUUAGGUUGUUUAUAUUCCAUGCAUGUCAAAGCACAAACGAAAUGUUGUUAAAUUGCUCAAAUUCACUAUUAUUUGUAAUUGCCUUUGCUUUAUCUGUUAAUAAACAAGAGAGACAUGUGAGCACCAAAGGAGUCCAAUGUUCAUUCUUUGCAAUAGAAUGAAGGCGUGUAUUAUAGGAUAGUAUAGAAAUCCUAAUUGAAUGCAAUAAUGAGCGUAAGCUUCUGAUUUUAAAUGGCUGGCUGCGCGUGAGUUGCUGGCAGCAUAUUGAAGUGUCUCUUUCUUGCAAACCUGAAAAAUAACACGCGAGAGCGAGACAAGUAUCUGAUGCUAGCAGCUAGUGCGCUAGAGGUGUGUACAGACUUGCAAGCGGUGGAAUCGGCUAGUAAUUUUUUGUAUCAAAAUUGUAAAUUUAAAGGAGUAGCCCACACUAGAGACUGUAGAUAUUUAUAUAAAUGUUAGAGGUUCAUUACCUAACCGUUGAAUAAAGGCGCUUUUAUGAUGCCGUUAGCGUUAUUGCUAAUUUCUAAUAUAUUUGAUAGUACGUGUCAGCUAUUAUUGUGCGUAUGUUUUGUAAAUAUUGUUUGAGAGCGUUAUGUUGGGUCCGGGACCCGUGUCCACAUUUAUUUCGGGAGUGUUAUAGUGCGCACGGAGGUUGUACAUAGCGUAGUUCGGAGCGGGGCAAAUGGGUAAGUUAACGCAUUCCAUAAAAUGUGCCUAAGAGUUCGUAGGAGCUCCUUUACAUUGUUAGCUUCGUGUAUAUUCAAUACAAUGUUGAUUCGUAAAUUUCAUCUAAUAGCAAUUAAAUACGGUUUGUAUAAUAGUGCUACACUUCAGGGCGCAUUUGUCCCGCUCUUCGGUAGGUAGAAUUUUUACACUAUCCUUAUUGAUCGUUAUUUUCUUCUCUCUCUUCAACUAUAUUCUACUACGGAUUUGUAUAUGCAAGAGCAGUCAAUUCUUAAAAUAAUCUGAAGUAUUUAAAGGUUAUAGUUAUGGUUGGCCUUGAUGGAAGGUCUAACGAUAGGUGCCUUUAUAUUGGUCUUAUAACGAAACUACGGCGUCGGUUAAGGUCAGAGCACCGGCUGCGUGUAAUGCGCUAAAAUAUUUGAGCCGUGCACGCACACGUCACGCAAGUGGUGUGCCGUCUCUCAAAGGAUAUGAAUAUUACAACGAGCAGGUGUACGUAUGCGCACACGCGUCCGGUGUGCACAGGCCUUAAGAGUUACAAUUUAAUUUUAACUUUUGAUUACAUAGUGUUGUGACGUUAUAAGAUCUAUGAUAAAGUUUUGUGACCUUAUAUAUUGCUGCCGAGGGAUGGUCUUACAAGCUACAAACAGUUGUAAUGCUCUGAUUAGAUACUUAAAGUGGGCAAACUGGCAAAAUACUAAAACAAUAUACAAAAUAAUAAAGUCAAAAUAUGGACACAAUAACAAUUAUGCAUGAUUGGAACCAAAAGCGAUACUUUCGUGACAUUAGAGAGGUAUUACCUAGUGCCAGUUGGAUGACUAUUUAAAGUACAUACUAAUUCAAACAAAUCCUAGAAGUAUGUCCGUAGGCUGUGAUAAAACGUGAUGGAUAAAUCCAAAGGAAAAUUAUAAAACCACCAAGAUAAAAUUUGUUCUUUGGCGGAACGUCGAAUAGCGAGAACUACAUACAUUACAAUACUAAACAGAUAUUAUAAGAUCAAAAUAAUGAACAUGUCACAAACAACGCUUGUGGUACAAUUUGCCUUGAAUCAACGUUUUACCUGUACUAUAACCAUAGAGUAACUUAUACUAGAGCGGUACUGUCAUAGUAAAUUUUGUAACCCCAGUAAAUUCACUGCCAUCUGUCGACACACUUUAAAACUAAAAAUGAAGAUUUAUAAAAAUACGAUAGAAUGUAUUUAAAUAUGGAUAAAUGAUUUUUUUUAUUUGCAUUAAUUAUUUUUAUGAUUUUGACCCAUGUUCUUUCACUGAUAUGCGUUAAAAUUGUUAAAUAACAAACGAAACCGUCAACGCCAUCUAUACGACUGUAGGCCAAAACUAGUAGCGCCCUCUGAUCAAGAAUCAAAUUUUCUUGAUUUUCGAGGCACGUUUUUUCCUUAGACUGUAUCCAUCUAUUACGGAGUUAUAUCUAUCUUUGCCUAUAACACAGACUACGCAGUUAACACAUUAUAAAGCAUUCACAUAGAUCUGAGGUCAUAGGUCCUAUAAAUUUGCAAAACUUGUGAAGAUAUAUGACUGUAACCAUAACCAACCAUAAGCAGGGCUAAGAUUAUGGAUGGUAUAGAAAGGAUGCCAAUCUCUUAUGGCAGAACUGUUGCAAAAGUGACCGCUUUCAGCUUUAAAUAAUAGUUCCUAAUCUCUCCGGUGGCGCUAGUUAGGCUCUGGGACAUGAGUAUAACAUGAACCAUAUAAGGCAACAAAUAACCCGACCAAAUUACGUAGGUUGUUUUUGGUAAUAUUUCGGUGUAUGGUGGCGCCGCCUAAUUACUGUUUUUUGAUGGACACUUUUCAUACAUAGAGAUUUGGCUCCUUUAUAUAGUCUACAUGGCUAAGAUGAUCGGUUUUUCAUCAUAUGUCAUCAUGAUUGUCACCUUCUAACAAGUAUGUAAGUGCGAAAGUGACGUGACAUGACAGGUGACAAAAAUGCGACCAUGAUACCGCCGCUGGCUGUUUAAUUUUGCCGAUGAAAACUUUAAGACCACUCCUCGAUAUCAAGUAUCGCGGUUUAGUAUCCGUUCUAAAUAAAACUAUUUAUUGCUUCUUCGAACAUUCGCUUCAAAUUCAUUUUAUAUCUAACCAAUGAUAGAAAGAUUGUAGUGUUUUGUAAAUUCAACUGUUGAUAUCCCACAAAGUUUUAUAUUGAUAACCCGCCUAUUUGACAUAGCAAUAAAUAUACUAGAAUAGGUAGUUAAAUAUUUCUAUUGAUAAGCUUUAACAACUCAGACCAUUGCGUAACGCUCAUGUGGUAACCAACUAACCAUUAACUGACCUCGGGAAUCAUGAAUCUGAUAGCGCACAAGGGUCAAACACUAAACUGUGUUCACAUCUUUCCUGUAGACAUACCCAAAGGUUAAUUUUCUUUUUUAACCUUUAUCCACGUGAAAGGUCCUUUUAUUUGGAUAAGUACAUGAUAAAAUAAAAUCAUUAGGUACUUACAUGCCCAUGACAAGCUGUUAACUAUUUUCCACAGGAGAGAAAACUUGUGUGUUCGUCAGAACUGUACAGUUUUCUCUCCUGUGGACAAUAGUUAAUAGUGGAUAAGGGUUAAAUAAGAAAAUUAACCUUUAUAGCCCUUAUCUUUUGGGUAUGUCUACAGGAAAGACGUGAACACAGUUUUGUGUUUGACCCACAAAUCCCAGUCAUUCGCUUCAUGAAAAUACUGACACCGGUUUUAUAAAAAAAAAGAAAAUUUUGUUUUGCUAAAUAAAACGACAUAUCGAUAGGUACGGGAAAUCGGGUAGGUCAUAAUCUGUGAUAGAGGCAUGCUUAUGACGUAUUUGUAAAGAUUAAUAGAAACGGAUCAUUCACCUCACGUACUGUAAAUAUUUUAAAUAUGGGUAAGCUUGAAUUUGAUCAACUUCUGUAGUUCGCUUAGCGCCGCUUGGUCCAAACAGUUUCAGACGCGGUCUUGAUAUUAUUUUAUAGUCUGUUGGAAAACUUCAUUUAACAUCAACGGGACUUAAUCGCUUAAAAAUAAGUUCUAAAUUUACCUCCGACGUUUCGAGGACGGCGUUGUCCCCGUGGUCUCGGAGAAGACUGGCUAAAGUUGACAUCAACAUUUUUUAGCCGCGCGAGUUUUUCGAACUACCCGCACUUGGUCUUGGUUAUCAACUUUUUGGGCACUAGGGAUGUCACCGGGUCGACACACAACACAGGAUGUUCAGUUUUUCAACCUGCGAUAUUUGUUUUCGCUUAUACUGAUGACUGGGUUCCAUGUGGAUGAUUAAGUCCCGUGGUAGUGAAUAAUAACGAGUAAAAAUCGUGAAAGUUUAAACUUCAAUAUGUCGAUUGGACAAAAACACAUUCUGCUUGUACACGAUCCACAUUUUUGCGCGUAUUAAAACAAAAAACUUGCAAUUGCACGACGUAUACUAUCAUAAAUAUUUAUACUAUCGAAAAUAUUGCAAGAGACAUCUACGCUUCACAUUAGAAUGGAUGCUAUGCCUCUUUGAUAAAACCAAGUAACACUUGUAUUUUAAACUGAUACUGCUUUUAAGAACAUAUUAAAUAUAUAAUUAACAGGUCACUCACGUAUUUUAAGUCGAAAAAUGCUCGACAUGUUUCACUCCGUACCGAGUAGCAUCAUCAGGAGCUUGCGUUGACGGUGACGGACCGGUGCAGACUGCGGGCCGCAGCCCUCCGCGCCCGAUGACUCAGCGCGGGCGCCGGUGGCGGCAGGAGGGACAAGAAACUAAACACAUAAACAUGACGAGCGUUUUUUGACUUAAAAUACGUGAGUGACCCGUUAUUAACAUAUUUAAUAUGUCUGUGUUUCACGGAAGUUUUGAUAUUAAAACUGCACUGAAGAAAUUCGAUAGAACCCACUUAUGCGUAAUACUCAUUUCAGAGGCCCAAUUUGACUCAAAAAAUGUGUCACCUGACAUUUUAAAACUACAACGGGGCCUAUUUGGGUCCAGAUUAUACGAUACAGGCCUAUUCGAUUCUGAAACUGAAACUGUUCGACUUUUAAGUGGCAACUCUUUACGACUAAUCUAAGGUUCCAAUGGUAUUUGCUAUAUAAUAUACUCUUACGAGUUUAUUUAAGAUUCGGUGAUAUACAAUUUCGAGUUAGAUACUCGUAGUAUUCAAAAUAUAUCCUUUUACAUACGUGUAGUAAAUGUGUAAGCACAAAGUACCAAAAUGUGUACGUCUGUACGUGAGCCUUACGCUACACAUUCUAUAUGCUAUUAUAUAUACUAUUUUACACUAGAUUUCUAUCUAUCUCUUAUAAUAUAAGUAGAACUUUGUAAUUUAUUCAUCCUUCCAUGAUUGUUUCUAGUGGUAAACGUUGCUCGGAGGAGUUAUUAAUGAAUACAAUUUGAAUCGGCAUUAGUUUAAUCAUGAGAGUUGAUGUGAAGUUCCUAUGCAAAUAUGAACAGAUGUUAUAAGUAUGUAUCUUGCGCCAGCUCUUAUGAAUUGACAUUUAAGUGCUGUCUUGAGACUGGUGAAUAAAGUUACUAAUUAUUAAUAAUUUCUUAAGGUACUUAAAUUAUAAUUUAUACAACUAGACUUUAUACUCUUUUUUUUGUAAUUGUAAUCUAUAGAUUUAUUUUAAAUGUAAAAAUACUUUGAUUACUUUUUUCGCAUUAAAUUGGCAGUUAAU